UUUCAAUGCUCUGUGAAAAAUGGCAUUAAUUGGUGCUCACAAAAUACUCAGAUACUCACAUGACUGGGAAAAACAUUCCGAAGAGGAUUUUGAGUGGAUUAAAAUAGAGAGGCAAAAUAAAAAAUUUGAAGACUUCCGGUGGGUGUAUGAGGGUCAAGUGUCUGAUAAAAAGGCUCAGGGUUUUGGAGUUCUCUCGAGGGUCUACAAAAAUGGGGAAAUGGUGAAAGUUUAUGCUGGACAGUGGGUGGUGGGUAAAAAAGAGGGUUUUGGAGCUUUUUGGUACACCAAUGGGAACUUCUACGAGGGAGACUUCUGCAGGGGUAGAAGACACGGUUUUGGCAGGCUCUGGUCAUCCGAUGGGAAUUUUUAUCAAGGCCACUGGAGGGAUGAACAUUUCGACGGUCCGGGGAUAUUAAUGCAAGAUAAUGAAGCUGAUGGCAAUCGCUACGAGGGGAACUUCUCGAGAGGUAAAAAGGAGGGGUUCGGCAAAUUCUAUCACCUGAGACGAGGGCUCCUCCAAGAGGGCUUCUGGACCAACGACAUCUGCAAGAAAAGUACUAUCAAAGAUAUUUCAAGAGAUGCAGCACCUGAGCCCACGAUCUAUCCAAUUCCAGAGCUGGUAAUAAAAAUUAAAAUAUAAAUCCAAGUGUAAAAAAAAAUUCAGCAAUUCUUUA